AAGGACGGUCAAGCGAUGGCUACGAUCACAUCUCUACCGGACUCCGUUAUAAUCCAAAUUCUUUCUCAUCUCGAUUAUCCUCGUCUUAUCCGAUGUACAAGAGUAUGUACGAGAUGGCACAGGCUCUGCUACGAUCCCAGCUUGUGGAAAACGGUUGAUAUUUGGCAGAAACACGCUUCGAAAGUAGCAGCUGACACCAUAUCAAGGAUCAUACCUCGUAAGACAAAUCUAAUUUCAAGCGUUAAUUUGACGAAAUGUGCAAGCAUUAAAGAUGAGUCCUUGCAGCAUAUCUCAGUGCACUGUCCAAACUUGAAAAAUCUUUACCUAAAUGGAUGUAACUUAAUCACGGAUCAUGGCAUUUUCGCUUUGGCGCGUAAUUGUGGUGCUCUCGAAACGGUUUCGAUUCCUUUGAGGAACAUUUCCGACAAAGCGCUUUCGAGUUUGGUGAAAAAUAACCCUGGAGUGAGAAAACUGUACGCUUACUCUAUCGCAGUCACAGAAAAUACCAUCAAGGUCAUUUCGACGGGAUGUCCUGAGCUUGAAAAACUGAUUGUCUACGAAGCUUCGUUGGAAGACGAACAACGCAGUUACGCUGAUGUCUUGACCGAUCAAAUGGUUCGAUACCUGGCAAGUGGAUGCCGAAAACUAAGAAAGCUCACCCUAAGGUACAACCAAGUUCUUGUGACAGACAAAAGUUUGGCAUCAUUGGCAAAAAGAUGCCGAAAACUAGAAUCUUUCGUGAUCGAUUAUUGCGACAAAGACGGCGGCAUCACGGAUUUUGGAGUUUGUACAAUCGCUCAAUUAUGCCGAAAUUUAAAAUGCUUGAACAUUUCGAACGGUGUAAUAACAGACGUGUCGUUGAUCGUGAUCGCCGAUCACCUGCCCUGCCUCGAGGAUUUGUCUCUAGAAUUUAGCGAAAUUACCGAUGUUGGCGUUUAUGCUCUUAUGAAUAGAUGCGAAAAACUGGCUAGGCUUAUUGUCCAUAAUUCGGACAGUAUGGAAACAGGUAUCACGGACAACGCUGCCUGCGUGAUCGCAAAUUAUGCGAGCGACGAUUUUCGAUCUUUGGGCCUUGGAUUUGCCGACAUAACAGACGAAGGACUAAGGACGAUCUGCUUCAACGUGGAGCUUUCGUUUCUGUCUAUCAAUGGAUGUAGCAAGCUCACGUAUGAAGGCCUGAAAUCAUGCUUUUGUUAUCUGGAUUGCUUGUGGAAUUUGGAUAUAUCUUUCACGGACAUUGUUAAUGGAGAUGAACAGCUGUUGGAGCUGGGCCGCUCGCUUCCGUGUUUAGAAACACUCGACAUCACGGACUGUUUCAGUGUUUCACAAGAAAGCGUCAAGCUUUUCAAAGAAAAAUUUCCUCAUUGCAAAGUUAAUAUGUAGAAAGUAAAACCGGAGAUCAGUUGAACCACCUUUUUCGACCUGCGCAUAAAAAUUUCCAUUUUCAUUGCGGAAGAAAUAGGCUUCUUUGCCUCGAUAUAGUACAACUCAUAUUUCUUUAAGUCUGAAUUCGCAACAGAAGUUCAAAAGUCUCUAGAUUCAAUUAAAAUUUGACUCUUAUUUGGCAGAGCAAAAGUUAUAAAACGUUUCCUUUGUUAGCUGAUAGCUUAGCUGUUUCAUACAUGAAUAAAAAUCAAAAUACAAUGGGUCAAAAUGACUGCAAUAUUUCAUUUAUGAAAAGGCAGAAGGCGAUUACCAGUACAAAUUAAGGGUGAAAAGGAAAAUAUCUUUAAUAUUUAUUAUCUGGAAAAUACUUUCUUUCCACGCUUUGCUGAAGCAAAAUACCUUUCCUAAUAUGGAAUUUAUUUAUACUUAACAAGUUGCUGUCAAGGUUAACUUAUUGUUACAAAAGAAUCUGAAAAUAAAUUUAAAUGUAGAAAGAUUAUGAAUGUGAACCUUAAUUUUCUCUGUAGAAGUUAAGAGCAAAAAAAAAUUUUGUGAUAUAUUUCACCAGCUUUCACCUUUGCCCAUGUUAUUUUAGGUCACCCGCUUACCUUUCGAAAAACUACUCGCUGAUAUGUAAAUAUCUGUGUUAUUAUGCAGAUAUUUUGCAGGUAGAUAAUGACUUUUUGUUCACAACAGGUAAACUAUGAUGUAUGUUUGGUUAGCUGCUGCUGUUAUGGGCAUGCAUUAAGGCAGUAUUUUUUGUGUUGUUAAUAAUGAACAUUUCUUAGUUAAACAGAACCUGUUGUUUGCAAGGGGUGCUCUUACGAAAUAAGGUGAGGUUCAACAGUGUAAUCAAACAGAAACUCUUGUUUUCUAAACCAAAAGGCAAACUGUUUGAAGAGCUUAGGGUUACAUGAAAUGCAAGACCUUUAUGACACAAACAAAUGUUUUUAAUGUUGAAAGUUUGUUUGAGCCACAGUUGGCAUCAUUAGUUUAUGUGUAGCAUGGUUUUAUAUUUGUUUUGGUCUAUUUGAAAUUGUUGUAUCUUACUUCCUUUCAAAAAAGACGCCCAAGAUAUUUACGCUUUAGUCUUGAUUGAUAUUAUGGCAUUGUCCUGGGUAUUUUUUGAUUAACAUAUUUACAGAUUGAGCUUAAUAAAGGAUUUACAAAGAUAAAAGAUUUUUAUUUUUAUUUUUUUCUUUCUAGCUAAUAGACUGAUGGACACUUUUCAGCUACUGCUGCCUAAGACAGACAUAGUGGCUAGAACACAAGUAUGGUGGUGUUCGCUGUAAUUCAAAUUUUUCCCUGUAUGAUCUUAUCUUUUCACACUGCAAAUUAAUGCAGAUCAGGUGGUGAACAAAACACUAUGCUAGCAUUUGGAACAAAGUCUUAGUUUCAGUAUUACUCUGAUCAAAAGAGGAAGUCACAUUCUUAGGGGAAGAAUUUAUUAGCCAGUUGGAACAUAUCCUUGUUUAGAGAUAGGAAGUGAGACUUUUCAAAAGGAAUUGAAAAAGAUGAAUAGGUGAAACACUAAUGUUUGCUUUAAUGGCAUUUCCACCCACAGACCUUCUUGUCAUCUUGCCACCAGUUAACUUCCUCUUGAAAAGCUAAAAGCAACUUCUGUUUCCGAGCAUUUUGCAUUUUCAAGUGAGAACGACAGGUGGCAACAUUCAGUUAAAAAAUACCUGAAAGCAGCUGGGGAGAAAGGAAAGGCUUUUAAAAUAUUAACAGCAAUAAAGGAAAAACUAUAUGAUAACAGAUCAACUACCACAAUUAAACUGAAGAAAGAAUAAUUAAUGCUUAAUGAUUUGAGUUAUUCAAAGAGAUCAUUUAUCAUUUACAGUUGAAUCCCCAUUUCUUGAACCAUUCAUUUUUUGAACCUCUGAUAAUUCAAACCCAAAAGUUGUUCCCUCCAGUCAGUCAAAUACUGUAAUCUUACCCCCGAUUUCUUGAACCACCAAUUCUUCAAAUCAAUUUUUGUUUCCCUUAGAGGGUUGAAAAAUCGGGAUUCCAUGGAAUGUGAAACUGAAAAUUAUUGUAAUUGCCACUCUUUCUUAAUUAGAACAGUUUUUGAUUGCUAAGCAAUUUUUUAAGUUACCUAGUUCACAAAAUUAUUUUUAAGACAGUGGGAUAAAGUAGAAUAAA